AUGGGUUCAGUAUUCCUUCCUAAUUUACGUACAGGCUGGCACGUCGAUCAAGCAAUCCUAGCCGAAGACGACCGAGUAGUGGUGCUUCGAUUCGGUAGAGAAGAAGAAACUGCGUGCAUGAUAAUUGAUGAAUUGCUAUAUUCCAUAGCUGAUAAGGUUAAAAACUUUGCUGUCAUCUAUUUGGUCAACUUGGAUAAAGUCCCUGAUUUCAACAUCAUGUACGAAUUGGAUCAAAAUAAACGAGAGCCAUACACAUUGAUGUUUUUUUAUCGAAAUAAACACAUAUUGUGUGACUUCGGUACUGGGAAUAACAACAAGUUGAAUUUCCCCAUUUAUGAUAAACAAGAAUUGAUUGAUAUAAUUGAAACCAUUUAUCGUGGUGCGAGAAAAGGGAAAGGAUUAGUGAUAAGCCCCAAGGACUACAGUCGAGCGGCAAAGAAUAUAUAA